UCUAUAAUUCUUGGUUUCUUGAUAUCAUACAUCACCAAACUUUUGCAUUUUCAAAAUGAGUAUUUCAAACAAUUAUUUUGCUGCUAUAUUUUCUCUUCUCCUAUUCUCUAGCAUGCAAUGUCAUGCACAACUUUCUUCUACAUUCUACGACCGCACUUGUCCUAAAGCUCUCAACACGAUCCGUACAAGUGUUAGACAAGCAGUGUCACGUGAACGUCGCAUGGCUGCAUCUCUUAUUCGUCUUCAUUUUCAUGAUUGCUUUGUUCAGGGUUGUGAUGCUUCUAUCUUACUUGAUGAGACCCCUACGAUUGUCAGUGAGAAAACUGCGUUGCCAAAUCUUGGGUCAGUUAGAGGUUAUGGUAUUAUAGAAGAUGCAAAAAGAGAGCUUGAGAAAACAUGUCCAGGAGUUGUAUCAUGUGCUGAUAUACUUGCAGUUGCUGCUAGGGAUGCAUCCACUCUCGUUGGAGGUCCAUCAUGGAUAGUGAAACUUGGAAGAAGAGAUUCAACCACAGCAAGUCAUACUCUUGCUGAAACUGAUCUCCCUGGUCCUUUUGACCCUCUUGAUAGGCUUAUUUCUGGCUUUGCCAAAAAAGGUCUUAGCACAAGGGAUAUGGUUGCUUUAUCAGGAUCACAUUCAAUUGGUCAAGCACAAUGCUUCCUUUUCCGUGAUAGAAUUUAUAGCAAUGGAACAGAUAUCGAUGCUGGAUUUGCAAGUACUAGAAGACGUCGUUGUCCUCAAGAAGACCAAAAUGGAAACCUAGCUCCACUUGAUUUGGUUACACCUAAUCAAUUGGAUAACAACUACUUCAAGAACUUGAGGCAAAGGAAAGGUCUUCUUCAAUCAGAUCAAGUUCUUUUGAGUGGUGGAUCUACUGAUGAUAUUGUUUUAGAAUAUAGCAAUAGCCCUCGUGCAUUUGCCUCUGAUUUUGCUGCAGCCAUGGUUAGAAUGGGAGAUAUUAGUCCUCUUACUGGUCAAAAUGGGAUCAUAAGAACUGUUUGUGGCUCUAUAAAUUAAUCUUUCAAAAGCCUUUUAUCACAUGUAUGGUUGCCAAGCAUAUUUUUUGUAUUCAUUUUGAUUAAUUCUUUCUCUAUGUAUUGUGUUUCAAGAAUGAAAUAAACU